AUGAAGCUUGUGACAAUUUAUUUCGUCUUCUCGUCGUUUAUAGCAGUUGUAGUUUUAGCUGGACUUGAAGAACGCUUUCGUCUUCUUUACUCGGACGCAGUUAAAUGUAAUUUCAACAAAUCGCUUGAUCUGGACGUCAAUGAUACAAAAGUGUACUUUUAUGAUUUUGCAAAUAACAUUUACAUCGUCUGUGAAAUAAGGACUGCGGUCGACUGCGUAACUAAAGCUAUAACUCUGGACUCGUCUAAACGUUUUGUGGUCUUCGUCCCUGGGUAUAAAUGUUAUAUAAAACACGACAUAGAGGAAUGGAUGAGGCAAGCAUACAAAGAUGAUCCAAAUAUAUAUCUCAUCAUUAUCGAUCACUCCGCGUAUACUUACGAGACAGAGGAAAAACUUAGAAGCUACGAAAGAUCUGUUCUCUAUUCCUACUAUAUUGGCAAAGCAUUGGGUGACCUUCUCGCAGAAUUCAAUAGAAAAGGAUAUUCGUCUGGAAGCUUCCAUUGCAUUGGUCAUAGUUUGGGUGCUCAUAUUGUCGGUUACGCCGGUGAAAGUUACUUCGUUGAAACUUCAGAAAAGAUUUGGAAAAUAACCGGAUUGGAUCCGGCUGGCCCUUGUUUUACUAAGGCCGCGCUUGAAGAGCAGCUGAGGUCUGGGAACGCGGAGUAUGUCGAAGUAUAUCACUGCAAUGCGGGACAUUUAGGUACUAACAAUGUAAUAGGAGAUAUAGAUUUCUUUUUCAACGAAGAAGGAAAGAUUCAGCCCGACUGCCGAAGUUUGAGCGACGAAGACUUGGACAAAUGUUAUCACAAAGUUUGCGUAAAGUAUUGGACGAGAACGGUUCAUCAACCAAAUUUGUUUUCGGCCCUGGCUUGUCCGACAUAUAAAGCGUUUUCGGAAGGCCGAUGUAAUAACAGUAAAACGACAAUGGCCGGACAUUCGAACCCGGGGAAUGCUACAGGAAUAUUCUACGUAUCAACUGAAUUUGAUCAAGAAUCGUGA